GACGGAAGAACUGUCUGGAAUCAAUGCUGUGAGGUACUGAGAGGGAACAACUGUCUGGAAUCAACAUUGUGAGUUACUGAGAAAGAGGGAACAACUGUCUGUAAUCAACUCUGAGUUACUGAGAGAGAGGGAACAACUGUCUGUAAUCAAUGCUGUGAAUUACUGAGAGAGAGGGAACAACUGUGUGUUAUCAACUCUGUGAGGUACUGAGAGAGAGGGAACAACUGUCUGUAAUCAACUCUGUGAGGUACUGAGAAAGAGGGAACAACUGUCUGUAAUCAACUCUGUGAGGUAUUGAGAAAGAGGGAACAACUGUCUGUAAUCACCGCUGUGAGUUACUGAGAGAGAGGGAACAACUGUCUGGAAUCACCACUGUGAGUUACUCCGAGAGAGGGGGAGAGAGGGAACAUCUGUCUGCAAUCAACGCUUUGAGUUACUGAGAGAGAGGGAACAACUGUCUGGAAUCACCACUGUGAGUUACUCCGAGAGAGUGGGAGAGAGGGAACAGCUGUCUGGAAUCACCGCUGUGAGGUAAUGAGAGAGAGGGAACAACUGUCUGGAAUCACCGCUGUGAGUUACUGAGAGAGAGGGAACAACUGUCUGGAAUCACCACUGUGAGUUACUCCGAGAGAGGGGGAGAGAGGGAACAACUGUCUGGAAUCACCGCUGUGAGGUAAUGAGAGAGAGGGAACAACUGUCUGGAAUCACCACUGUGAGUUACUCAGAGAGAGGGGUAGAGAGGGAACAACUGUCUGGAAUCAAUGUUGUGAGUUACUGAGAGAGAGGGAACAACUGUCUGAAAUCAACACUGUAAGUUUCUGAGAGAGAGGGAACAACUAUCUGGAAUCACCACUGCGAGUUACUGAGAGAGAGGGGGAGAGAGGGAACAACUGUCUAGAAUCAACAUUGUGAGUUACUGAGAGAGAGGGAUCAACUGUCUGGAAUCAAUGCUGUGAGUUACUGAGAAAGAGUGACCAACUGUCUGGAAUCAACACUGUGAGUUACCGAGAGAGAGGGAAUAACUGUCUGGAAUCAACACUGUUAGUUACUGAGAGAGCGGGGGAGAGAGAACAACUGUCUAGAAUCAACACUGUGAGUUACUGAGAGAGAGGGAACAACUGUCUGGAAUCAACACUGUGAGUUACUGAGAGAGAGGGAUCAACUGUCUGGAAUCAACACUUUGAGUUACUGAGAGAGAGGGGGAGAGAGAACAACUGUCUAGAAUCAAUGCUGUGAGUUACUGAGAGAGGGAACAACUGUCUGGAAUCAACACUGUGAGUUACUGAGAGAGAGGGGGAGAGAGAACAACCGUCUAGAAUCAACGCUGUGAGUUACUGAGAGAGGGAACAACUGUCUGGAAUCAACACUGCGAGUUACUGAGAGAGAGGAAUCAACUGUCUGGAAUCAACACUGUGAGUUACUGAGAGAGAGGGGGAGAGAGAACAACUGUCUAGAAUCAACGCUGUGAGUUACUGAGAGAGAGGGAUCAACUGUCUGGAAUCAACACUGUGAGUUACUGAGAGAGAGGGGGAGAGAGAACAAUUGUCUAGAAUCAACGCUGUGAGUUACUGAGAGAGAGGGAUCAACUGUCUGGAAUCAACACUGUGAGUUACUGAGAGAGAGGGGGAGAGAGAACAACUGUCUAGAAUCAACGCUGUGAGUUACUGAGAGAGAGGGAUCAACUGUCUGGAAUCAACACUGUGAGUUACUGAGAGAGAGGGGGAGAGAGAACAAUUGUCUAGAAUCAACGCUGUGAGUUACUGAGAGAGAGGGAUCAACUGUCUGGAAUCAACACUGUGAGUUACUGAGAGAGAGGGGGAGAGAGAACAACUGUCUAGAAUCAACGCUGUGAGUUACUGAGAGAGAGGGAUCAACUGUCUGGAAUCAACACUGUGAGUUACUGAGAGAGAGGGGGAGAGAGAACAAUUGUCUAGAAUCAACGCUGUGAGUUACUGAGAGAGAGGGAUCAACUGUCUGGAAUCAACACUGUGAGUUACUGAGAGAGAGGGGGAGAGAGAACAACUGUCUAGAAUCAACGCUGUGAGUUACCGAGAGAGAGGGGGAGAGAGAACAACUGUCUAGAAUCAACGCUGUGAGUUACUGAGAGAGAGGGAACAACUGUCUGCAAUCACCGCUGUGAGUUACUGAGAGAGAAGGAACAACUGUCUGGAAUCAACACUGUGAGUUACUGAGAGAGAGGGAACAACUGUCUAGAAUCAACGCUGUGAGUUACUGAGAGAGAGGGAACAACUGUCUGGAAUCAACACAUGUUUUACUGAGAGAGAGGGAACAACUGUCUGGAAUCAACACUGUGAGUUACUGAGAGAGAGGGAACAACUGUCUGGAAUCAACACUGUGAGUUACUGAGAGAGAGGGAACAACUGUCUAGAAUCAACGCUGUGAGUUACUGAGAGAGAGGGAACAACUGUCUGCAAUCACCGCUAUCUUUUAUUACUCGACAGCCAUCUUUGAGAAAGCAGGAGUCACUCAGCCUGUCUAUGCAACCAUUGGAGUAGGAGUUCUCAAUACCGUCUUUACGAUGGUGUCGGUGGCUCUAAUGGACAGGGCCGGCAGACGAACGUUGACUCUGAUUGGUUUAGGUGGGAUGUGUAUCUGUGCCGUCUCCAUGACAGUCGGCCUUGUGUACCUGAGUGUCUACUCCUGGAUGUCCUAUGUCAGCAUGUCGGCCAUCUUCCUGUUUGUGUGUUUCUUUGAGAUCGGCCCUGGUCCCAUCCCCUGGUUCAUCGUGGCUGAGUUAUUCAGUCAGGGCCCCAGGCCUGCUGCUCUAGCUCUGGCUGGCUGCACCAACUGGACCAGCAACUUCAUCAUAGGCAUGACCUUCCCUUACAUAGAGGCUCUGUGUGGUAGCUAUGUGUUCAUCCUGUUUGCGGCUGCUGCUGUGUUUGGCUUCACUGGCUUCACUUACCUGCGUGUGCCGGCGACCAAAGGGAAGACAUUUGAGGAGAUAGCAGCUGUGUUAAAAAGGGAAGGAAACAGACACCAGGAACAGAAAGACUGCGAACUGGUAUGGUACUGGUACCUCCACCGAGUGGAGCAGCUCAAAACAGACUCCAGGCAUGACAUUGCUCACUAGUGCAGGCGUGUGCAAGCUCUUAGUUCCAGCCCGCCACUAACAUAUCUGAUUAGCUUAAUCUGGUGUGUUACCGCAGGGCUCGGAUUAAUUAGCAUUGUGACAUAAUGUAAGUGAUGAUAGUCCUAAAUCCUGAACGCCAUCUAGAUAGUUGUUUACUUCCAGGAACAACUCCUGACAUGACUAACUUUACAUAACUCAUACACAGGGCCCAGAAUGUUUCCUGCUCAGGAUGACUGUAAGUUAUUACAGUGUUUUACAAUCACUUUCUUUUCUUCACACGAAUUUCGGAACCUUGAUUUUUCAAAACUCACAACCAAUGAUAAAAUUGCACAUUUUUCAAAACUCAAACACUUUUUCCAAUUGCUUGGAUACAAUACACAUAAAGCUAAGAUCAUUUGUUAAUUGAACUAAAAUCACCUGUUCAAAAUGACACAACUUAACAUCAAAGUAUUAUCAUUUCAAAAUGCAGUUCACACAUGACAUCUGAGAUGACUGUCUAUUCAUUUCAUUACAAUUGAUACAACUGCUCAAAAUGAUAAGUAACUGUUGCAUUACUCUUAAUGCAUAGUUUUAUGGAAACUGACAAACAAUAUUCCAUGUUAAGAUCAUAAAAGUUUCAGGAUAACGGGAACCAUUGACACCAAUUACCGUGGAACAUGAACCAAUUGGACUACAUUAUCUAUGGAUGUAAUAUUUCAUCAUCAUUCUUUAUCAGACACUGUUUCUAUGGUCCCAUGUACCACUUUUCCAGACCAUGUUUUCAGAUUUGACAUUACUGUACACUCACCGGCCACUUUAUUAGGUUCACCUAUCUAGUACUGGGUAGGACCAGCAUUUGUGGCCUUCCUGUUAGCUUGAAUAAGUCUGGACAUUCUCCUCUGACCUCUCUCAUUAACAAGGUGUUUUUGCCCACAGAAAUGCCGCUCACUGAAUGUGUUUUGUUUAUCUCACCAUUCUUUGUAAACUCUAGAGACUGUAGUGCGUAAAAAUCACAGGAAGGCAGCUGUUUCUGAGAUGCUGGAAUCACCAUGUGUGGCAUCAACAAUCAUACCAAGGUCAAAGUUGCUUAGAUUACUAAUCUUGCCCGUUCUAAUGUUAGGUCGAACAACAUCUAAAGGUUUCUACUCUAUAUACUCUAUAUAUUGAGUUGCAGGCAGCCACAUGAUUCGCUGUUCGAAUGUAACCUUCCUUGAUGAGCUAAAUCAGAUCUGUAGAGCUAAUGGCAUGACCUAUGUCAUUGUGUGGGAUAAUGUCAGGUUCCACCAUGCUCAAAUGGUGCAAGCAUGGUGUCAGGCCCAUCCACAAUUUACCACCCUGUACUUACCCCCGCACUCUCCUUUCUUAAAACCUGAUAGAGGAAUUUUUCUCCACAUGGAGGUGGAAGGUAUAUGAUAGGCGCCCUCACGAACAAGCCACCCUUCUCCAGGCCAUGGAUGACGCAUGCAAUGACAUCACUGCAGACCAGUGUCAGAUUCUUCCCAAGAUGUUGGGCCAAUGAAAACAUCCAUUGUGAUGUGGAUGAGAACCUGUGUCCAAAUCCACAAGACAGGGUUGAGGAAAAUAUAGAAGUACAGUAGGUUUUUUUGUAUUUGUAGCUAAAUAUUUUGCUCUGAUUCAAAGAAACCUUUGAGUGAUUUUAUUGUAUUUCAUCAAUACAUUUCAGAGUUUGUUCAAUGAUUCCACUGUGUCUGUAGUAUUCUCUCUACUAGUCCUUUUACAGUGAUGUAUUUACGUGUAGUACCAUAAUGAAACAUGUAUCACAUAUUUUGUACUGCAAUAUUUAAUGAUUGUAUGAACAACUACACAGUGAAACUAUCGGUAUCUUGUGUGUUGGGUGAUCUAAAUGAAUGUUCCUAUGGUAUGGUAUGGUAUUUCAGUUAUUUGAACCAAUGAUUCUGCAAGUGCAAGGUUUCUUUAAAGAUAUGAACGCACAAUGCAAUGUUUCGAACAUCUGUAUUACAAGUGAUGACCGUUUUGAGUUUUGUGUCUAGAGUUUUGAAAAAUGACCACAAGGUUCUGAAAUUAGUGCCAAAGGGAUUGUAAAAAACUGUAAGUUAGGCUAAGGCCAGUCACUCACCUCAACUUCAUUGUGGAUAGAACACACAACCAGUGAGACCAACCAACAUCUGUUAAAGAAGAACAUCUGGCCUGGCCACAACGCGAUCCGUUGUCAUUGUGGAAAUAAAGAAAGGACGAGUUAAGAUGUU